UGAUCUGCUAGCAGAGUUGCUUUUCAGCCCAACACGCGAACGUUUGAGCCGAAACAAUUGUCAUAAAUCUUGGCUCUCUUCUGUUCACCUUUUUUUUUUUUUCUUUCCAUCCAAUACUUCUCACACGCUCUACCGACGGUGAACUCAUCGGCACCAACACAACGAUAGGUAGGUAUGGAAUGUGCUGAUUGAAGCGCAAUUCUGCUUACCUGGCGGUACUUGAGCCCUUUCCAUCACCCAACCGUCGACCCUUCACCCCCACUUCAAUUUUAGAGUUGCCGCGGUGUGGAGGCGGCGCGACGCCGCCAACGAAAGAGCCGCUGCGGCGAACGCGAACGAGUCCCGCCAGGUACCACCAGGCAGAAAAAACCACCCAAGAAAAAGAAACCUAAAAAAAAAAUCACACUGCCAAAGUUUCAUGAUUGUCGUCCUCAACAACUAGUUUUGCGAGACGCCGAGGAUCGCAUUCAGCAUGACGCGGCACCCCCAGGGGCCGGCCGACGUCGCAGCUGCUAACCAGUCGCUGAACAGUCGCUUGGGAGGCCGACGUCCAGCAUGGAUGACCACCGACCGCGACAACGCGGACGACUCCACAACCCCUCGCCGGGCUGGUAUGAAACGUUCCCGCCAGUCGAACCCGACAACCACGCCUCUGAACCCGCCUGGGACCACCACGGCAUCCGCAGCAGCAGCCUCGUCGCACUCGCUUCCGCGACCUUUACAAUCUCUCACGACACCUAAUGUAUCCUCCUUCAACGCCCUUCCCUCUCCCGCGCAAAGCGACGAACCCAGUCCAGCCUCUGCGGCGAACCCGCCCGACAGUCCGAAUCCGCCGCGAGCAGCGCCGGUUCUAUCAAUCGAUACCCAGGCCAUAUCCCAGGCCAUGGAGAGACCUAUACACAAUAUUGGCACCGGAUACCCAGGUCACAUACCACUAGCAAACAGUGGCCCAGACACCAGCUUUGCAUCUUCUAACAGCAGCCGCACUCAGCGGGUCCUACAAAGCAACACUCACACUCGACGUGUCUCUCAUGAAUCCUCGCUGGCUGCAUCUAUUCGUAACCCGUCAGAUUUGCAAUUCCAAUAUCUUCAAAAUGUGCCCAUUACCAACAUGCCAGGCAUUCCGGUAACCUCAGGUAUCAAUAUAUUGCACAUUCAAUCUCCCGUCGGGCCUAACACUCCGGUCCAGUCUCCCCAGUCUGCACACGUUGCAGUACAGCAGCCCGGACCCCACAGUGCAAAAAGACAGAGGCUUGAGAUGCCAUUCGCAACUUGGGAAACGUGGAUCAAAAACUACCUUGACCGCAUGGACCCUCAAAAUACGAAUUCAACUCAAAUUGACCGUCGAAGGCUGUAUUUGCUGGAACGUGCUUGUCAUAAACACGACUAUGUCUAUCUACAGAUUCAUCAGAUUUACUGUAGAUGGUCCUACGAUGCAUCUGUGGUAUAUAGGGCUAUGCCUGCAUACGACACGUCCACCAUUGAUAAGGCCUGCAGAGCAGUGUGUGACUUGCUGCUGUCCAAUCAAUUUGUAUCUGGACCAAUGUUCAGCUACUUCAUAAACUUCCCGGUGGAUUUUCUACCUAACAGCCAGGAUUCUCUAGGCCAAUGGCUCACUCGAUUCGCCCAUCACUGGGAUGAUAUGAUGAAAUUGAUCAUAGAGCGGAGGCGGCCGCCGCUUGCCAACGAACUGAUCUACGUCUUAGGUUGUGAUUCCCCAGUACUUCAAUCUCUCAUCUUCUUACAUGCGAAAAGAAGUUUGGGACUCGUGGAUCAUGGACCCCAUAUGCAGGAGAUUGAGGAUUUGUUCGCUCAGGACCAGCAAGGUGCUAACAUGGCAUAUAUGAAACGGUCGACGCUGCACAUGCAGCACCGAAAACCCUCUGAUUGGCAACUGUUUGAGGAUGAGAAUAGGGCGCUGGUGGAUAAAUAUGUUCACCUGGUAAUGGCGUCAAAUCCUGGUGCAACCCGAUCAUCUCUAUCUUUUGUCCAACAAGCCACAUCAUUCACCCCUCAGCCUUCGUCGACCACGGCGGUAUCGCAACCGACACAGUUUCCUGUAUUGGCCAGUCACGGACCUCUUGCGCCAACUCGGCAGCAGCCUAUACUGCCAGCUACCAUGACACAAGAAAAUUAUGCAGCUGUGCGGGCAAACAAUCCGGUAUACCCUUCCAGCACACCUAAUCGAAUGUAUACUCAAGGACCUGGUGGUGUAUCUUUGCAAAUUCAAGCUCAUCAACAACCGUUGCCGUUUGGGCAGCAGGUCGUGAACGGCGCAUCACCUCACCUGCACCAAGGAGCGGACUCACCCUACCAUCGGGGGAACCACUAUGCUCAGCAUCUUAACGGACUCACUCCGGGUUACUCUCAGCACCCUAAUGUACAGUCGCAAUAUCUGCAGCAGCGUCAGCAGCAGGCUUUCGUUGCUGGUGUGACUCCUCCGAGCUAUCUUACGGUCCAUCCCAGUACGACCAGACCGAACAGACAAAUUAGACAUCGCAACAGCCAGAGCGUAGAUUCUGUGCCAUUUUUCCCACCAAGAGGAUCCGUCAUUCCCACGAGACACCACGCCAGAGCCCCCAACGACUCCGUAGCCUACAGCCUUGGUUUACAUCAGGUGGAAUUACGAAGUCCUGUCAGGCAAGUCCGCGCGCUUUCCAAGCCUCAAAAUGCAGAUGAGCAAAGGUAUUUUCAGUUCGUCAGGGACUUCGCCGUACCGCCAUCCGACAUUUCACCAUCGAAGAAAGCAUACGAAUUCAGCUUUGACGUUGAAGAUAUUACUUUGCUUUCUGGAACUCAUAUAUAUCCCGGCAACAUUCCUCAACUCCCGGUGGCCGAGCAUUUUGAGGGCUCAGUCCGCCUGCGUCUGCGCUGCUGCCGCAUCAAGGAGUCCGCGGGCACACCGACUGAGCCAGACUGGGUUACUUCCGCAACGUCAUGGCCUCGACGUAUCUUUAUUUCCCUCGUUGCCAACGAUGGAAGAACAAGGAAGAGCGUAAAACCAAGACGAGCACCUCAAAACUCCAAAGAUCUUCCAGCUGAGAUUACAGACAUGGUUUCAGAAGGGAUAAACAAGCUCACUGUUAGCGUUGAUUACCAACAUAGCGACCCCGGAUAUCGACAUUUUCUAGCCGUGGAGUGGGUAGAGACACGAAGUUUCUCUAGAAUAAUAGCCGACGUUUAUGCCAACCAAGUCCUUGAUCCUAAAGCUACGCUAGAAGACAUACAGCGCAAGGCAGGAUGGACCCGGGCCGAGCAUGACGAUGACGUCCAGAUGGAGGUUAAGGCAGAAUAUACCGUCGACUUGACGUGUCCAUUCAUGGCGACUCUCUGGGAAACACCAGUACGCGGUGCGGGCUGCAUUCAUAUUCAGUGUUUUGACCUCAAAACAUGGCUCAAAUCCCGCACACAAGUUUCCGGACGUCCUCAAUGCCAAACUCAUACUCAUCCUUGCGACUGUUUCGGCCCGACACUGUCAAUUGUUGAUCACUGGAAAUGUCCCAUCUGCAACGGAGAUGCCAGGCCGCAGAGUUUGCGGAUUGACGGCUUCCUGGUAGAGGUACGCCGCAAAAUCGAAUCUGAAGGUAACCUUCGGAACACCAAGACCAUGGUCGUAUUCCCGGAUAACUCUUGGAAGUCAAUAAGGGAAGACGACGAUGAUGAUGAGGAGGAUGAAAUAGAGCUCGACGGCAGGGGCGGAGCAACUGAUCGGACGGGAGCUGGUGCAACGAGCGUGACACUCCCAAAUGCAACCAGAGCACGAGCACCUUUGGUGUCUCAUGGAUCGCGUAGGACGCACCACGAAAUAAUAGAUCUUCUCAACGAUGAAGAUUAAGAGCCUUGCCGAAACACACACCCUUAUGACAGACGAUGACCACCAUAUUUGGCGACUUUGAUACCCGACAUUUGCAUUAUCAGGAGUUUGGAGCAUUUGGCGAUAUUUUCUUUCUCAUUUUUUGAUUGCUCUUUUAUCUUUUUUUUUUGCACCAAAUACCCCAUACUUUUUGGCCGUACAAUUGUCGCAGUAGGGGUGACAAUUUAAUUAUCUGUUUAAUUUUGGUCACGUUGGUAUUUAAUUUGGUCUCCCUCAAAAGGGGGUUUAAAAGUACCAGGAGUACCUACAUUUCGACAGGGAGCUUUGGCCAAUACAUGGGGGAGUCUACGGGGCAUGUUUUAGCAUCACCUAUAAACGACAGGAAAGAAUCCAAUUGCUGCAAGUAGGAGAUUUUCCAGCACAUACUUGUUUUUUUUUAUUGCUGCUAAUUAGGGGUAGAUAUUUGGAGAUUAACCUAAAUGCUAUUUAAAUUCCGC